UUAAUCAAUAUUUAGCCGAGCGUGUUCAUCAGAUGUGGCAACAUUAUUACAAUAACAUGGCAACGAGGAUCCAAGCUGUUUGGAGAGGCUAUUGGUCGAGGAAGACGCAAAUAAACUUUUUGCAGUUGCAACGAUGGUUGAAAAACGUUUAUGCAAAGAACAACGAAACUUUAGAAAACAUGAACAAAUUUAGACAAGAAGAGCUGGAUCACGCGGAAAAUGUAACUGAACACGAAGCAAUGCUUUGGAUUUUAUUUAUUUUAUUUAAGCUACAUCAUCUGUUGAGAACAAAGUGCCGUCCAGGUGUCAUCACAAGAAUUGAUAAAACUCGCUUUGUUUACAUCGAAGAAAUGCUAAAAUGUCUCGAAUACGAUCAAUAUAUCGCAAAAGCAAGAUCUGUUUGCAGAGACUGUCGAAUCGAUUGUAAACCUUUAAUUUUUCGCAGCACUUAUUUUGAGAAAUGCGAAAAAGAGAUUCGAGAAUUUGAGAAGACUUUGAGUUCUGAGAACGUGUCCAUUUUAAGAACCUCUGUAGAUCAGCAUUUUAAAGAAGAAAAAAGAUCUGUGAUAAAAAAUAAACAUUUAGGCCAUCGACAAAAGAAUAAAUAUUUUGGAAAGUGCUUUCGUCAAAAUGUCACAUACAUGCAAUCGAAAAAAUUAUGUGAAGUUAUUAACAAAAUGGACUGCCAAUUGAAUCAACUUUGUUUAAACUGUCCAAUCCAUAAUCUUAUCUGUUAAAAUUCUACAUUCAAAUAAUCAGAAAGGAUCUAAGUUUAAAUAAAAAUAUUUAUUGCGCAAAA